AUGACAAGUCCAGCCAAUCCAAACCAGCGUGCCGGUGAUUCCACAGUGGUCUUGACAGAUCAUGAGCCUGAAAGCCAGCACAACGGAGCUGCGCCAUCUGGCCAAGAUCACGAAGGGAAGAGUGAAGGGAAGCAAGGUUCAGAACGGCCAGAUUCGAAGCAACCACUGGACGAAAAGGCGGAAUCAAUUGUAAAUGCAGACCAGGGUGUGCCAGUAAACGAAGACCAGGAUGGCGAGCAGUUAUCUUCGCCUUCUGUCGCAAGUCGCCGUGUUCACGACAUCCUCGUUCUGGCAGGCGUGAUGAUCAUGCUCGCCUGGCCAUGGCUAUUCUGGGGCGCCGUCUACAGCGUCAAAGGAGUGAAGAUGCGCAACAAGGGGGCGAAGCUCGUUGACGAGUUCCCGCAGACCACUGCGUUCUUCGUCUCUCUCGUUGGUAAUUUUGUCUGCCUCGUUGUAGACAUAUUCUUUUCGCUUUCAGUCAUUCGCUUCGCCCAGGAAUGGGUAGCGCGGAAACCGAAAGUAUCGGUGUUCCACGUCUCGUUACUGGGCGCCUUCCGUCACCAAAGCUUCCCGUGGACGAUGCGUGACCUCAAAGUCUUGCUUCAAAAGAGCAAGUGGCUUCCGGUCGUCCUCGUCGGCGUCUGUAUUGGAGCCUUCCAGUUUGUCCCAUCUGGUACAACCUCCCUCUUACUGCCCGUCAAGUUCCCUCGGACGGAGCCAUUGGUAGGAAGUGAGCUCGAUUUCUCUUCCAUCACCCCAGAGUGCAUCGCGUGGCUCGACGCGAACAGGUUCGACAAUGAUUGUGACUGGCAGCUCUUCAACGAUGUUCCGUAUACCAGUUGCUUCGGACAGAAUCAACUGCUCGAUGUCCUUGCCGCUGGACGGAGUAGUGUCCUCGCUCUCUCUCCCAACAACAACGAGAGCCUUUCGUUAAACCAGAUCGGCGCUAAGGACGGUAUGCGACUCCUGGGCCCACUUCGAGGGAUCCUCCCUAUCGGCCCAAAUGGUGCUCCUGCCUUCGACACGCUCCAAGAUUCUCCUUUCGCCAACCCCGACACUGCUGAGGCCAUGUUCGCCUACAACUAUACGCUCAAUUAUCAAGGCCUAUCUACCAACAUAUCGUGCUAUUUUGACUCGCUUUCCCCGAUAAGAGCGAGACCUGCAUCCGAGAACAACACGCACGCAGUCCAAUACAAUGCCACCUGCCCUGAAGACACGGAUUUCUUCACCGACGGUGGGGUUAUUGACGUAGUCGUACCCAAUUCCAGAAACCGACUCAUGUACUGGGCAUGCAAAGCUCCUGACACAGACGAAGGACUUCCAUCGUACCGUAUGUACCUCCGCGGCCGGGGUGGCUACGACGAGAUGAUUGGCAAUGUCACCUGUGACCUUUCUCCGGUUCAACCUGCGAUCUAUCCGGUCACCUACAACUCGGACCUCCACGCCUUUUCUUCGUCACCAGCGACAUCCCUAGCCUCAAAUGCCUACACGUAUCUCAUCGAGAACUCGCUGAUACAGCUCAGUGGAAUCAUUGCGGAAUCCCAGAGCUAUGAGGCAAAUACAGUGGCUGAGGCGGUUUUCACGGCUGGAAUCAAGAACUUCGGGUUGCCGAUUCGUACAAGAGACGAUGGAUACCUUCCUAUCUUCGAGGCGAUGUUCCAAGGCAUGCUCGAUUACGAGGCCACCUAUACUCGCCUGGUCUACUCGACGGCCGUUGACCCGCCCGCGAGUUGUCUGCGAAAUGUCGAGGGCGCUGUCACAUACGUUGUCAUAGGUUGGUAUGCUAAGUUGGAGCACAUCGGUUUCUUGAUGCCAAUGACGCUCGUCAACUUGGCUUCUAUGUGCAUCAUCAUCGCUGCGAUUGUCAUGACGAGAGGAAGCGUUCCCAGUCAUAUCGUGGUUGAUCCCACUGACCCUCGACCUAUGCUCAACGCACCGCAGCCUGAGGGAGAAGAAGGUGACGAUGAGUGGGAUCGGAAGGUUGUUUUCUCCCCGAAUACGGCCACGCAAGCUGCAGCUGAUCGGUUCCAUGCUCCACCCACCGCCGGGGCUGCUCAAGAGGCGUUCGCGGAAUUAGACCUGAGCCAACUGAGCCCGUUGUAA